UGACGACAGUCGUUUAAAAAAAAAAGGCCUUUUCUUAACAGUUGACUCGUUACAGCGGUCUAGCAGCACGAUAUGUCAGGAAUGGAGCAGCUUUGCAAACUUUUCGUUGGCGGCCUGAACGUCCAAACAACUAACGAUGGCCUCCGCGCUCAUUUUGAACAGUACGGGUCACUAACCGACUGCGUGGUUGUCCAAAACGAUCAACUUCAGCGGUCUCGUUGUUUCGGCUUCGUAACCUACUCCUCCGCAGAGGAGGCUGAUGCAGCAAUGGCCGCCAGGCCACAUGUGGUAGACGGUAAAACCGUAGAGCUAAAGAGAGCCGUGGCUCGGGAAGACGCCGGGAAGCCCGAAGCUCUCGCCAAAGUCAAGAAGAUAUUCAUCGGGGGCCUAAAAGAAGACAUCGAGGAGCACACCCUCACCGAGUAUUUCUCUCAGUUCGGUAUGAUCGAGAAAUCCGAAGUUAUCACCGACAAAGACACCGGUAAGAAGCGUGGGUUCGGCUUUGUCCACUUCGAAGAUAACGACUCGGCCGACAAAGCCGUCGUGCUCAAGUUCCACAUGAUCAACGGGCACAAAGUGGAGGUGAAAAAAGCGCUCACGAAACAAGAGAUGCAGGCCGCCGGUGGAGUUCGGGGCGGCAGGGGGAGAGGAGGAGGAGGAAGAGGUAUGGGCCGUAAUCAAAAUGGCUUCGGUGGCGGGAGAGGAGGCUACGGAGGUGGCUAUGGCGGAGGCUACGGCGGCAGUGAUGGCGGCUACGGCGGCGGCUAUGGAGGAGGAUACGGAGGAGGCUACGGCGAACAGAUGGGAGGCUAUGGCGGUGGUAACGGUUACAGUGACUUUGGCAGCGGAUACGGCCAGCAGUCCUCCGGCUACGGGCCCAUGAAGGGUGGAAACACGUACGCCGGCAGAGGGGGAGCCCCUUACACCCGUGGCGGCGGGCCUGGUUACGGCAGGGGUGGCUACGGAGGCUACUAAAGCGGGUUGG